AUGUCGUCUGCCGCUUCCUCUCCACCGCAGACGCCCAAGAGGUCACAGUCGUUCACCCGGCUGCCGUCUAAUCCGCGGCGAGCCCUCUCGCCGGGUCCUUCGUCUCCUUCCCCGCUAUCCAAUACGCUCUUGCCUUCUGGACCUUCCACUCCGACAACUGCAAGGCGUCCGUCCAAUCCCAAUCCACCAUUACAUGGCACUACUUCCCCACCAGCUGGCACAAAGUCCAGAGCACGGGAUUUACUGAGGAAGCACUAUGGACUUGGUAUACAUCCUCCGACGCCAAGUGGACGGCCUAUGGACCCCAUGGACCUCGACUCGCCCGCGUUUGAUCCCAAGGCAUACUACGAGCAGCUCAUCACGACCUCUUCACUGACCGCCUUACUCAAGAAAGAGAAUGAGCUACUGACAGAUAUGCGACAACUCGACAGUGAACGGCAAUCCCUCGUGUAUAACCAUCAUCAUGAACUCAUCGCUGCGACGGAUACGAUUUCUGCGAUGAAGACCAGGGCGGAGUCCUUAGAUGGCGAUCUAGACCUGCUGAGGGUAGCGUUCUCUGAAAUAUCGAGGUUAAGCGCGGAAGUGGCGAUCGAACAGCGUGACUCCACGCCCAAUGCUGAACCCCGAGUGUCUUGA